AUUUGAAUUUUUGAAUUUUUAUUUUCGUUUCCCCCCUCUGACUGUCGCUCCUUGCGCUUCCUUGCCUUCGAGGAGCAAAAGCCCAGAAACUUGCUUGUCGCCUGGAGUCGCAUUUUCAUCGUGUCACGUUGUUUUUGGCAACAGAGGACUUUAUUCCCCUCCACAAGUCACUUUUCCUUGUCUCCUCCUCAGUGGCUGUCCUCGAGCAACGUCAUUGUUAUUAUUAACGUGAUCUUACAGCACACAACCACUCUCUACGCGACUCGCGCCGCUCCACACUGUCGUUAUCGCGAUUGUUUGUGGUUGAUUGUCACCUCUUCCCACGGUUAGCCUGAAGGUUUCCAACUGGUCGGUUGGUGAACUAAUUCCAUCCCGGACCGGAUUCGCCUGCCAUCUCGAGUCCUCCCUCUGCCGCCUCGAUUCGAGAGCUUGACAGUCGAAAUAUGGCCACGGCUCCGGCUCUUACACGCGGUUGAAUGCCAAUGUACCGAUUAUUCCUCGCCUACGGAGCAGUUAUCCCAGCGUUUUGUGGGUCCAGCUUUCCCCAGUGCCACAUCCCCACCCGAGCGGGCGCAACAAUCCAGUCUUCCGCAACCGUGCAGUGUGCAUGGUGAAUAUCGCCAUCGAGGCCGCCGCGGUUGUCUUGAGCGUGGUUUCAUCGCUGUCGGUUGCUGUAAUUGACUAGAAGUGAAUUUGAAUUUUUCUUCGGUUCCCUUUUCUCCCCGUGCGGCUUGCUUUCCAGCGGUCUGCUCCUCUCCCGUCCUCCGUUACCGCCAUUCUACAUCGCUGCGAUGAGUCGAGUCCUCGAACCCCCAUCAAGAAAUCCUUUCACAAGGCCAGUGGAGAUGUCGACCGAACCCAGAACCAUCCCCGUCCUCUCUGCCUCUAUCUCGCCCUCCGACCCUUCCCCAGGUGAUCCUAUGGACGUCAGCCCGCCCGCUUCCGCUGCAAUGGGCCCGCCGUCGCAAAGCAGCCCUGAAAUCGAGCAAGCGCCGACCAAUCAUACCAAUGGGAAUACAGCAGAAUCAAAUGCAUCCCAAAACAAUGCCUCUGGACAACCCACUGGUGCUGCAGCUGCGGCGCAGCAGCCCAAAGUGGUACAAACGGCAUUCAUACACAAGCUUUACAGCAUGCUGCAAGAUCCGAGCAUUCAGCAUUUAAUAUCCUGGUCGAGCUCAAACGAGAGCUUUGUCAUGUCCCCAUCGUCGGACUUUUCAAAGGUUCUCUCACAAUAUUUCAAGCACACGAAUAUUUCCUCGUUUGUUAGACAAUUGAACAUGUACGGGUUUCACAAAGUGAGCGAUGUUUUCCAUACCGGUUCGCCCGAUUCGCCGAUGUGGGAGUUUCGACAUGGAAAUGGAAGUUUUAGAAAAGGAGACUUGUCAGGCUUGCGCGAAAUCAAAAGGCGCGCGUCAAGACAUGCAUUGAUCCAUCGCGAUUCGUUCUCAGCGCAUAAGAACAACAACGCCUCUCAACCAGGCACCCCUGCGGAGACCGUCCCAGAGGUUCCCGACCGAGUUGUCAAUCUCGAACAUUCCCUCUAUGAAGUGCACUCGCGACUAACCCGUAUGGAAGAUCAGCACAGUUUACUGAGCUCAAGAUGCCAAGCACUCACAGAGAGUUUAAUCCGUUGUCAUCAGUGGAUAAACUUGAUGUCUCGCUUUAUCACAUCACUGGUUCCAGAUGCAGAUAACCCCAUUCACCGAGAAGCCGCCAAUAUGCAACGAGAAGUUGCCAGACAGCUUGAACUUGCGCGUGCACCCGAAUCGCCGAAUGAUAUGCUCAUGCCGGGACGACAGCCUUAUUUCCAAAACUUGACCGUUGACACCGGCCCUCCGCUGUCUCCCCGCCAAGUUGCUCAAGACUCUCGAAGAACCUCUCUUGCUCGCCCACCAAUACCGCCCCAUAUCUCUAUCUCCCCGCAUCGAUAUGGGUCUAUUGGUGGCGCGAGUAAUUCUGCUAGUUAUACUAGGCCGCAAGUCUCACCGCACCCGUCGGGACCACACCCUCUGUCUGUCUCCUCACCACCCGGCGCAAAUAUGGGUAGACGUCAUACUUCAGCCGAUAUUCGGCAGCAUGGCUGGCCAACUCCCGGGCCUUCGCCAUUUUCCGCUGGUGCAACGUCCUUUCAAUGGCCAUCGUCACCUCAACGAGCACCCAAUGCAGCUGAUCAACAGGUCCGCGAUGUGCUCGCCAAAUAUGAAAUGGGGAAACCACGACAACAGCCAGGUACUCCAAGACACGCGACGCCACCGCUAUCACUAGAUCCCGCCCAGCCUUCGGAAGGUGGAUGGCCGACUGGAGGUUCCAAAUUUCUCCGUCCUACAGAGUCCCUUCCAGCCACGAGACGAUCAAGUAUGGCUAGCAACGUGCAUUCUCUCCUCAACCCAGCGGAGACUAGAGAACGUGCAGAGGAAGAGGAUGCUGCAACAUGCGAGGAUCGGAAACGCCAGCGACUUCAGUGAUUGAUAUUCUUCACCAAAUGAAUUAUCAUCUACGGUGUGUUUUUUCUAUCGCACCAGUCGAAUCACCUGCUAUUUGAAAAAUGCGAAUUAUAUCUCAAUAUAGUCGCAUGCCAACCAGCUCUGUUCCAUGAAACUAUGACUUGAUUAUUCAAGUAUGCUUUUGCUCUGCAAAGGCCGCUUUCAAUGGCCUGACCUCUUGGCCUCCUUUCAUUCACUAGUGCAAGGUUCAUAAGCCAUGUUUGAAUACCCUACAUCUGGCUUUCGUCGCAUGUUUUCAUGCUGUACUUGUGUGUGAAUUAAACCACAAAAAACGCUCGUCCCAACCCUGAAUGAAAGGUGAGAAGUGGCCAGUCGCUGUUGCUGACUAACCACAAUCUGCUCUUAUCCUGCCAAACUGUUAGGGAGUUCCCAACAUUGUUUUCUUCUAUUUUCAUUUCUCAAAAUUUCUUGGUCUCCAGUCACCAACAAUAUGCCGCCUCGCUAUCAGACUUUUUUUCCCUGUAAUCAUAUCAGUUUCCUGUGCCUUACUUUUCCACAUCUGAUGGCGCUGCCCUGAUUGUUUUCACUUCUCACGGAUUUCUCACCAAAAAAAAAGAAAGGAAAAAAAUCAUUGGAACUUUUGUCCAUGUGUAUGUGUUCAAGUUGUGUGAGUCUAUUGUGUUGGUGUAGUAUUCUUUUGUAAUUGAGAGUGGUUCAUACCUAGCUAUCCCUUCGAAUACCUUGUUUCUCUGUCUGCUUGUUUCUCCAUUGGUGCCGUCCCUUCAUUUUGGAGGAGUUGGAGUAACUGACACCACAAUGACGUGGCAGUUAUGUGAAUUUGGACCCCAACAUGUGAGGCGUUUGUAUUGAUCCGACAACUGCAUCAUUUCUUUCUUUUGUAUGUACCACUUAAGGUUUUCAUCCAGAUGCUUGACUCAGUGUUUCUGGUUUGACUCAGCAAAAGAGGGCGGAGUUCAAUUGCCAAAAACUUCAGAGCUAAGAUCUUAACCUUUGUGCUUUAAUAUGCAUGGCAGAUUGUUGAUGCUCC